AUAUAUGUUACUCAUCGCAACCAUAUUUUAAAAACUAUGGGAAAGUGGCCAGUUUUUAAAAUAUAUUGCGGAGUUAUGUUCAUUGAGAAACAUAGGAAAAAUUUAGUUAUUACGCAGCUUCCAAUGGUAUCCAUGCUUUAUACUUGUUUACACUGUACUUAUACUGUACUGUGUGCUUUAUACUUUAUCGCUUGUUGCGGCAAAAGAAAAUCUUCUGUGUUUUGAAAAAUUUUUAGUUUCACUUGCUGGAAUACAGGAAAAUUUUCUGUUUUUGGAAAUUAUUAGUUUCGUUUGUAGAGACAAAGGAAAAUUUUCUGUUUCGGGAAAUUAUUAGUUUCGAAUUGCAGAGGCAAAGGAAAAUUGUUUGCUUUGAGAAAUUAAAUUAGUUUUGCUUUUUGAGGCAAAGAGAAAUUUUCCGUGUUUUGGAAAAUUAUUUAGUUUCACUUUUUGGAGCAAAGGGAAAUUUUUCGUUUCGGGAAAUUAUUAGUUUCACAUCUUGGAACAAAGGGAAAAUAUUUCUGUUUUUGGAAAUUAUUAGUUUCGUUUGAAAAAGCAAUUGUGUUUUGGGAAAUUAUUAGUUUCACUUUUUCGAGCAAAGGGAAAUUUUCUGUUUUGGGAAAUUAGUUUUGGAAAAAUUGUUGUGCAGAAACGAAAGGAAAUUUUUUGUUUCGGGAAAUUAAAUUAGUUUCGCUUUUUGAUGCACAAGGAAAUGUUCGGUGGGAAAAUAUUAGUUUCACUUUUUGAGGCAAAACGAGAAAUUUUCUGUGUUUUCGGAAAUUAUUAGUGUCACUUUUUGAGGCAAAGGGAAAUAUUCUGUGUUUUGGAAAUUUAUUAGUUUCGCUUUUUGAGUCACAGGGAAAUGGUUCUGUUUCGGGAAAUUAUUAUUUUCGUUUGUAGAUGCAAAGGGAAAUUUUCUUUUUGGGAAAUUAUCAGUUUCGCUUUUUGAGGAAAAAGGGAAAUUUAUUAUUUCAGGAAUUUAUUAGUUUCGCUUUUUGAGGAAAAGAAAAAUUAUUAGUUUCGUUUGUGACAAACAGCAAAGAGAAAUUUUCUUUUCGAGAAAUUAUUAGUUUCGUUUGUGACAAACAGCAAAGGGAAAUUUUCUUUUUGGGAAAUUAUUAGUUUCGCUAUUUUGAGAAAAAGGGAAAUUUUCCGUUUCGAUAAAUUACUAGUUUCACUUCUUGGAGCAAAGGGAAAUUUUUUCUGUCUAAUGGUGUCUUAGAAGCAAUUUUUCGUCAAAAAUGGCUUUAAAAAAAAAAUCUGACGUUUCUGCCUACAAGGAUAGGGGAAAUUUUCUUUAAAAAGGCAUUUUUUAAAGAAAUUUCUACUAGUGUGUAGAGGUCCAAAGGGAAAUUUUCCGUGUAUAUCAAAGGGAAAUUAUUGGCUCUCCGGUUUAUUUUGACUUCUGGGAUUUUGGUUUUCAGUAGGUACUUUGGCUUUCAGGAUUUUGGGUGCCAUUGAUCAAAACACUUCUCUAGAAGGCUUAUUUCUCUAUAGAUUUAGUCAAGAUUGGAUUUAUUUGAAAGGUCUUGAAAUUACUUAUUAUUUUGUACUUUUCUACCCUGAUUUAUGUUUCCUAGUGUAAUUUUUUGUCUUUAUGUUUUUGUUUUCUGAAAAAUGGCAUUGCCGUUGGGUUAUGAAUAGCCCUUUUGGGAAAAGGCCUCGGUGAUAAAGUGCAAAUUCUCACACAGCAACAGAUAGUGGUCUCGUUUACUCCUCACCCUUGCCUUUGGGGGGUGGUGGUGGUGUUUUUCCUGUCUCUGGGAAAUGGUAUUCGGUGAUGGAGAGAGAAGAGAGGGAAAGUUUGGAGGGAUGGUGGCCAUUUAGAGGGUGAAAAGUCAGUCAUUUGCCAUUUACAGAGAAUCAAUAGGACGAUCACCUUCAAUUGAUUGCAUGAGAGAUUAUUAUGAUGGGCAAAAAUUAUUUUCACUAAUGAUAUUCUAUUUGCAAAAAUAUAUCAACAUACUUUCAUUCACUGAAUUUUCCGAUGAUGAGUGUAUAUGUUUAUCUGGCAAAUUUUCCUGAUUUUUUUUCACUCUUGAUUUUUUGGGUGAAUCAGUCUGUUGGGAAAAGUGGUGGGAAAGCAAAAGGAGAAUGCUACAUAAAUUAUGAAUGAGUGUGGAGGGAAAAUUGUAUCUUUCUGCGUGGAAAUUGCAAUGAAAAUUUGUAGAAGAUGUUGAUCUCACUCACACAGGAGUUUUUCUUUUUUUUUUGUUGGCGGAGGGAAAGAGGAUGCCACUAUCUCUGUUGAGUGGGAAAAUUUUUGUGACUAUGUGUGCGAGAGGGAAAACAUUUGGAAUUGGUGAUAUAUAUAUUGGAAAAUAUAUCGUGUGCAAGAGAGGAAAUUUUCACUGUUGAGUGAGAGAAUAUUUUCCUCAUCCAGCAGUUGCUUUGUCGUCUUCCUCAUGGGAGGGUGUAAAGGAGCUAAAUUUGGUGUUUUCUGUUGAUAGUGUAUUUUUCCUCAAAGAGUGUUGGUUGAUAUUACUCUAUAUCUAUGUAAAAAUUCAAAAGGGUAUCAUCCUCCAACGGCCUAAUGACAACCCUCAAAAAUGUACUAUCUACUAAUUAUGGAGUUUUGUUUUUCUCCAAAAAUUAAUCUCAAAAUUUGUUUUAAAAGUGAAUAAAAAUUAAUUAUUUUCAAUAAUAACAUAAAAAUCCUCUUUCCACUUAAAAAAGAAAUCACUGUAAUUGGAUUCUCGUGUAAAUUCCAUCAAACAUGAUGGUAUUAACACUUUAACCUUCCGGUGUUUUAUUUUUGUUGGUGCUCUUGCCAAAAAAAAAUCCUGAAUAAAAAAAUAAUGAAGUGUUUUCAUAAUAAACCUAAUACUUGUGUGCAAAUAUUCCACAUGCUGGUGCUCGAAUAAAAUUGAAACAUAAAUGAACAAUUACUUGAGUGUAACAGUGAAGAGAUAUUUUCAAUCUAUUUACAAUUGAUGACUAAAUAUAGGAGAAGGAGUGAAGAAGAAGAAAAAAAAAUGAUGAAAAUCUAUUUCGACUCUCUGUUCUGUGGUGAAAAUUAAAUAAAUAAAAGCUGACUACAUGAGUAUAUGGCAACAGAAAUUCCUCAAGAGACCAUCUGACGAAGUUGAAGCUGGUCCAGAUAGCUACGAGCCUCCUGUGAAACUUCAGCACAACGGCUCGGAAAACCUCACAAAGUUCUCAGUGGAGAUUGUUCAGCAACUAGAGUUCACCACGUCCGCGGCAAAUUCGCAGCCCCAGCAGAUCAGCACGAACGUGACAGUUAAAGCGCUGACCAACACAUCGGUGAAGAGCGAUGGUGGUCAUGCGGGUGGUGGGGGUGGUGGGGCAAACAAUGGGGCCCAGACACAGCAACCACAGCAGGGCCAGACGACGCAGACAAAUGGGUCAGCCAAUGGCGGCGGCGGCGGUCAGAAGAGUCCCCAACCAUCGCAGAUGCACGACCUGGGUAACUUGGUUGAGUGCAAACAGGAGCCGGACCAUGAUUUUGCCGAUCUGGAACAGUGUGCUGCGGCAUUGGAAAAAGAUGCAGCUGCCAAUGGCCACUUCCCGGGACUGUCAGAUCUCAUUGGAGAUGACACAAAUGACGAGAGUGAUACAUUCAAGGAGCUCAUCUCGGAUCUCUCGGACUUCCAUCCGGAGCUGUUGGACUUCGAGGAGAAGCCCCAGGUGGAGAUAAAGACAGAGGAGGGCUCCCUCAAGGGGGAUGCAAUUCAGCACAGUCUGAUGGAGGGCAAUGGUGGGAUGAUGAAGGGUGCCGGGAGUCCCAUGACACAGUUCCCUGGCUCCACGUUCAGUGAUAACCAAAGUAUGGGCAAGAGGGGAUUCGGGGGAGGGGGAGGAGGAGGAGGAGGAGCUGGUGGAAAUGGGGGUGGUAUGUCAGAACUCAGUCCGGCUGCUCAGACACUUAAGCACAUGGCUGAGCAGCAUCAGCACAAGAAUGCCAUGGGAAUGGGAUUCCCGAGGCCGGGUCAGGGACAAGGUGGUGGUGGAGGGGGAACGGGUGGCGGAGCACCAAAUGGGGGCCAGCAGAGACCAAACUACAGUGACACCUUUGGACCCUUCGGGGCGGGUGAUUUUAUAUCAGGCGGCGGUGGCGGUGGGAAUUUUCACAAGAAUGGCCCACCGGGAGGGCAGGGACCACCCGGGGGUACAUACCCAAGUCCGGAUAUGGUUAAGCAGGAGAUGAUGUAUGCCCAGAAUGAGUUUGAUCUCAAGCGAAUGGCACAGAUGCCAAAUGCAGCUGGUAAAAUGGGUACAGGGGGCCCUGGUGGGGCCUACAAACAACCCGGCCAGCAGCAACAGUACUCCCCCUAUGGAUCUCCGGGCAGUAUGUCCAAUCACGGAAGUCCUGGACCGGGAUUCAUGGGGGCACCGAGAGGUGGUCCGGGUCAGGGACCUCAAGCGACGGGGCCCCCGAGGCCACCAUCGGGACCAGGAGUGGCAGGACCCCAAGGGCCCCAGGGAACACUACAGAUGAAGCAAACGCAGCAGUUGCACAUCAGUCAGCAAGGACCCGGCGGGCAUGGUAUCCAGGUUUCUGCUGGGCAACAUCUCCACUUGUCGGGUGAUCUCAAGAACAGCAAUGUAUCCGUGGCAGCCCAGCAGGGUGUCUAUUUCAAUCAGCAGUCUCAGCAACCCACCCAAACACCACAGUCACAAGCUCCAGCAUCCACAGCGGCUGCUCCGGGCUCGGCGCAGGCCGCCCAGCAGAAUACUCAAGGUAUCGGGAAUGAUUCGUACUCAGUGUCGCAGUCGCAGACCAUCAACUUCACACAGCAGAAUAUGCGACAGCGACAGCAGCAGAGUGUCGGCGGAAGUAUGGGUGCCGGCAAUGGAACAACCGCUGGCGGUGGUAUUCAAACAAUGGCAGGUGGAACUGGUGCUGUGACAAAUCCCAAUAUGUCAGUCCAUGGAAAUGCAUCCCAGGCACAAAUGGUGUCAAUGUCACAGAGUCAGCACAUGUCGGUGUCGGGAAUGGUGCAAGGGGGAGCUCCAGGUGGUGGAAUGGGUCAACAAUCUGCCAUGGGUCCCAGUGGUGGUGCAGGACAGGUUAAUAAUCCAAUGUCAAUGGGUCCUAAUAUGAUGAAUCAGGGUGUUCCGGGUCAAAUGGGUGGCAUGGGAAUGAAUCCGAUGACUGUGUCUGGUGGUGGACCAAAUGGAAUUGUUGGAGGUCCCAAUGCCAUGAUGGCUGGUUUGGGUGGGGGUCCAAAUGGUGGCCCAAUGGCUGGAAUGCGUCACGAUCCCACCAAAUUUAUGCAGCAGCAGCAGAUGAUGCAACGAGCCCAAGCGAUGCAACAUAUGCAGGGUGCUCGACCACCACCACCGGAGUACAAAGCCGCUCAGGCGCAAAUGAUUCAGGCACAGAUGAUGCAUCAGGGUGCACCUGGUGGCAGAUUUCCCAAUUCAGCAGCGGCCAUGAGACGAAUGAGUCAACAGCCUAUUCCACCGUCAGGUCCAAUGAUGCGGCCUCAACACUCAAUGUAUAUGCAACAUCCCAAUCAUGGGGGUCCACGAACAAUGGGUCCCUAUGGUCAACGACCACCAAAUGUGCAAGUAGGACCUGAGGGAAUGCCAAUGGGAAGUCAACAGGAGUGGCGACAUAUUUUCAUGUCACAGCAGCAAAAUAUGAAUUUCAAUUCAGCAGGAAUGCGCUCCAAUUUUAAUCCCAGUCAUCAAGGCUUUGCCAUGCAGAAUUCGGGUAAUGGGGGUGCAGGUGGUGGGAAUAUGCAGAUGACACCGAUGCAGCAGCAAAUGAUGCGUAAUCAGCAGCAGCAGAAUGGUGGCCAGAAUCAAUUGGUUGGUAUGAAUCAGAGCACAAUGCAGCAGAUGCUUGUGCAGCAGCAGCAGCAGCAGCAGGGCAUGAUGAAUCAGAUGCAAAUGAAUACGAUGCAUAUGUCGCAGACACAGUCAAUGUCACUGCAGCAACAAUCUGUGAUGAAUAAUUUUAGCCAAACGACGCAGCAAUCAAAUGCUGCAAUGAUUUCCAAUGGGCAAAAUCAGCAGGGUGCGCAACAGGCACAGCCAACUUCACAGCAAACCCCACAGACCACCAGCGCCUCCAUCAGUCCCAGUGGCAAUGACUUCAACUUUGAGUUCCUCGAAAAUAUUCCCGUUGGUGAUUCAUCGGGUUUCUCAGCACAGGAUCUGUUCAAUUCCCUGGACAAUGACAGUUUCAAUAUCCAAGAUAUGCUCCAGUAAAUGCCACACAGUGGUGGUGCAUUUGUGAAAAUUUUGUGAGAAAAUUGCUGAGAAAAACCACGAUGAAGUUGCCAUGCGUACGAGGACACAAAAUCACGGUGAGUGUUCAAAAUAAAUUUAAAAAAAAAAUAAACACCUAAAAUUAAAAAUAAAAUGACAAAAAAA